AGAGAGAGAGAAGAGAGAGAGAGAGAGUAAACAAAAAACAUAGCAUAGGAAAUGGCGAAGAAAAAAGAGGGAAGAAGAAGAAGAAGCUGCUCUCCGCUUCUUGUUGUCUCACAACUUUCUCAUUCUCUCUCACUCACUUUCUCUCUCUAGAUCUGUAAAUACACCUGCCCGUAUGAAAUUGAACGCCUCCCUCCACCUACGUAUUCGAUUAACUGCAAGUGAGUGUUUGUGUGUGUAUAUAUAUAUUCAUAAUCAAGAAUGAAGCUAUUGCUGCUGGUGCUGGAGGGCUAACUAUUUUUUUUCAUCUUGAUAUAAGCUGUUAGAUUCCAGAAUGGAAGCAUUUCCAAGUUUGAUUUGUUAGAGCCUGGAAAUAAUCCGUGUAUAUGAUUUCCCGAUUCAUUUGACUGGUAGAAGAACUGCAAUCAUGAAUGUUAGUCUUUUGAAUGUUGAAACUGAAGAUGCUUUUUGGGGCUUGCUUGAAUUUGCUGCCAAUAAUGAUCUAGAAGGCUUUAAAAAGUAUGUCGAUCAUGAACCGUCCAGUGUUGACGAGGUUGGGCUAUGGUAUGGACGACAAAAAGGGUCAAAUAAAAUGAUUGUACAGCAAAUGACUCCUUUGAUGGUUGCUGCCACUUAUGGUAGCACUGAUGUUCUGAAACUGAUUGUCUCUUUACCUGAAGUUGACGUGAAUCGGUCUGCUGCAUCCGGUGGAUCAGUAAAUGCUAUUGACAUCGUGCAACUACUCUUGGCAGCAGGCGCGGACCCAAAUCUAGUUGAUGCCAAUGGCCGUCGCCCUCUUGAUGUGCUUUUUGUGUCACCAAAGUUGCAGGGCAUGAAAUAUUCCCUUCAGGUGCUGCUCGCAACAGACACUUCAUUUGAGGAGGAGCACAAUCUGAGAAUAUCAAUAGCCCCUUCAAAUUCAAAUUCUCCACCACUUUCGCCAUCUCAUUUGAAUGGAUUGCCAUGUUCUCCGGAGUUGGUGCCUUCUCCAAAGGGUGGAAAGUCCAAUGAUGUUCCAGCAUCAUCUGUACCAGAAAAGAAAGAAUACCCUAUUGACCCAUCUUUACCAGACAUCAAGAACAGCAUCUACUCUACGGAUGAAUUUAGGAUGUUUUCAUUUAAGGUCCGACCCUGCUCUCGUGCCUACUCACAUGAUUGGACUGAGUGCCCCUUUGUACACCCGGGUGAAAAUGCUCGAAGAAGGGAUCCAAGGAAGUACCACUAUAGCUGUGUACCGUGUCCAGAUUUUCGUAAGGGGGCAUGCCGAAGAGGGGACAUGUGUGAAUAUGCUCAUGGGGUUUUUGAGUGCUGGCUCCAUCCUGCUCAAUAUAGGACUCGGCUGUGCAAAGAUGGUACGAGUUGCAAUAGAAGAGUUUGCUUCUUUGCCCACACAACAGAGGAACUGCGGCCCUUGUAUGUCUCUACUGGUUCUGCUGUUCCAUCUCCGCGUUCAAGCAACUCUGCUGCUAAUGCCAUGGAUUUUGCGGCAGCAAUGAGUCUUUUACCCGGUUCACCUUCUUCAGUCCCUCUGAUGUCUCCAUCUCCGUUCACUCCACCAAUGUCUCCAUCUACAAAUGGCAUUUCAAACACAGGCUGGCCAUCUCAACCGAAUGUUCCAGCAUUGCAUUUACCUGGAAGCAACUUCCAGUCCAGUCGGUUGCGUUCGUCUCUGAAUGCUAGAGAUAUCCCCCACGAAGACUUGAGUUUAUUUGCAGAUAUUGAUGUCCAGCAGCAGCAGAUCUUAGCUGAGCUAUCCCUUAUGUCUCAACCAAGCAUUAAUACCAAUUUGUUGAAUCGUUCCGUUCGUUCAAAAACACUUACUCCUUCAAAUCUAGACGAUAUUUUUUCUGCAGAGAGCUCUUCUCCUAGAUAUUCUGAACAAGCAUUGGCUUCAGCUGUUUUCUCGCCUACACACAAAUCAGCAAUACUUAAUCAAUUCCAGCAGCAGCAACAGACCAUGCUAUCUCCAAUUAAAACGUCAUUUUCACCGAGAAACGGUGAUCACCCCAUAAUGCAGGCUCCUUAUGGGGUUCCAACUUCUGGGAGAAUGUCACCUCGCACAGUGGAGCCUAUCUCGCCAAUGAGUGCCCGGAUCUCAAUGCUAGCUCGACAAGAGAAGCAGCACCAUCAAUUUCGGAGCCUCAGCUCCCGUGACCUUGGCUCUAAUGCUGCAGCUGCUGUUGCCUCAUUGGAAGAGAAUUGGUCAAAAUGGGGAUCACCUAAUGGGCCAGCGGAAUGGGCUGUUGGUGCUGAUGACUUUGGUAAGCUCAAGAGAUCAUCGUCGUUUGAACUUCUCAACAAUGGGGAGGAGCCUGAUUUAUCUUGGGUUCAGUCACUUGUCAAAGAAUCUGCACAGGAUGCAAAGGAUAACUCAGCUCCCCAUGUUGCUGGCGCUGUGAACACCGGCCCAUCAUCUGGUUAAGGUGCAAAUAUGAAUGUUCAGAUUGAACAAGUUGUCCAAUCUGUUUUAGCUGCAUUCCUCGAACAAAUGCAGCUCGAUCAGCUGAUGGCUCAGUAAAUCGGACUACUUCUAGUUCCAGUAAACAAGAGAUUUUGGUAAAGUUACCAGCUUUAAAUUUUGGGGUUUUUUUGUUCGAAUGCUAUAGAAAAGAAGGCUGCCUGGCGCCAGAAAAGGAUGAGUUUCAAAAGAUAUGAAGAAAACACUAGUUUUUUGCUAUUCUCCUUCAUUCUUUAAACUAGAUAUUGCAGAGAAUAUUGGCUAGUCACUGGGAUGAUUGAAAAAUAGGCCCAGUUUAGGAAACUACUCUCAAUUACUGAAAUACAUAUUGCUCUAGUCUCUAGGUCUUUAUCUCUAGUUAUUUCCCUUAUCCAGUGAGUAUAAAUUUUCAAAACAAGGUAGUAACUUCUGUCCCUAUACGAAAAUUCAUGCCAUCAGGGUUGUAGUGGUAUACCAUUGGUGUAUCUGUAAUUUGAGCGGGGAAAAUAGGUGGAGGAAGAAGGUCCUCUUUGUUGUAACGUGGAAUAACAUUCCGUUCCAGGAUAAGGGAAAGAAAGACUAGAGAACAUAUUUGAUCACUGAUGUAACAUGAAGAUAAGUGCGAUUCGCUUUCGCUAUCCCUUUUUUUAUUAUAAUCUUGGUGGGAUUUCCUUCUUUUUGCUAAA